CAUGUAACCCACAGACUCGCCCCCUACCUCCAUUCAUAUUUUCUCUUAUAUGAAGGGAAAGCUCAUUCUCUUGAUCACCGCUGGUAAUUGGCUUUGGCGAUUCAAAAUGGACGACUUAUUUGGCGAUCUCCCUCCACCUUCAAGGGGAAAUAACGAGUCGAGCUCAGCUGGAAAUUUGUAUGAUGACCUUCCUUCAUCGGAGAAAAUUGAAGACAAGAAAAGGAAACUCGAAGCUACUGAAGAAGAUGCUUGUACCCCAGCGAAAAGACCACUAAAACAAUCUAAAUACAGACUAAGGGGCUUUGUUGCUGAGAGGAAAGGAGAAAGAAAUGACAUGCAAGAUGCUCACGUUAUUAACAAUGAUUUCCUGGAAGAGUUUGGUGCAGACAAACCUCUUGGAUUCUCUCGAAUGUGUUACUAUGGAGUGUUUGAUGGACAUGCUGGCCCCAAAGCUGCUCAGUUUGCAGCUGAACACCUGCACAAGAACAUUGUGCUCAAGUUUCCAAAAGGAGAAGCUGCUAACAAAGACAAAGAGAUAAAAAGAUGUGUAACAGAUGCAUAUAAAAAGACUGAUGAGGAGUUUCUGCUAGAAGCAUCGAAGGCGUCACCAGUUUGGAAAGAUGGAUCAACUGCUGUCACUGCCCUUGUUAUGGAUGAUGUUUUGUAUGUCGCAAACCUUGGUGAUAGCAGGGCACUUCUUUGUCGUUGUGGUGAAAAUGGAGAGACAUCAGUGGUUUCUCUUUCCAAGGAUCAUUCUCCAUCUCAGUAUGAGGAAAGGAUGAGGAUUCAAAAGGCUGGAGGAACUGUCAGAGAAGGUCGAGUUCUUGGCGUCUUGGAAGUGUCGCGUUCAAUCGGAGAUGGUAGAUUUAAGAGAUGUGGAGUCAGCUGUAUCCCGGACGUCAUGAGGUGCACUCUAACAGACAACGACAGAUAUUUACUUCUAGCUUGCGAUGGUCUAUGGAAGGGAUUUUCAGUAGAUUCUGCCUUAAAGUUCAUUAACAACAUUUUGGAGACAGAAAAUAGCGAAGAAACUUCCCAAAAGACCGAGAACAACACAGGUCUGGAAGAUGUACAACUCGACCCAGUUUCCGCGCGCUUCCAGGACGCGUGUAACAAAAUCGCUAGUGAAGCCAUCAGAAAUGGAAGUUCUGAUAACGUCACUGUGAUGCUGGUAUCAAUUACAAAGCAGUAGAGGGUUUUGCCACCUGCCUCCCCACCCCCUCCGUCGUAGGAUCUGUAUUUCGCCAAUGAGAGUUACCUUUAUCAAGAUAAAUUGGCAAUUAGCAGCAUGCCAUGAUAGUACGAAACUGUCAAUAUUUGCGUGGUAUGUGUUGUGCAAGUAAGAAGUCAGAAGUCCAUUUUACUUUAUACGUAACGUAUGGAGAUUUUCCAUGAAUAUCAAGUAGAACGACUUGUAACUAUGAUCAAAACAAACUGGCAAACUGAUGGAAAGUCAAGAGGCUCCUUGGUUGUACAUUCUGGACUGACGAGUAACUUUAUUUCCAACUUGGAAAUCUACACUUUACAUCUGUAAGCUACAUGUAAUGUGUCUGUAAAUAGAUAGUUCAAAGUUGAAUCCAAAUUCCAAUGUACUCUGCCCGUAGAUUAUUUUGCAUUGUCUCGUUCGCCUUCCAUUGUCCGUCUGCAAGAUUCCCUUUUAUUUUACUAAAGACCUAGCGACUUUAUAACAGACCAAUUACAAGACGGUUCGAGUUCUCAGAAAUCUUCACUUGCAACUGGCGUCACGUUGCCUGGAAACCUUUUUGAACGCUUCAAACCGCAGGUUAUUAAGUAUAUGGUGUGCUGGCGCUACGAUAGGAAACUCAACGUGAUCAUAACAGAAAGGAAAAAAUAACUUGAAUGCUUUCCUGCCCUCGCUCUUCUUCGCCGCUUUCUAAUUUCAUUUCAUGGCCAGUGCUCUCAACCUAUUGAUGGCAGCGGCGAUCUCGUGAAGUCUGGGGCGAGAAAAGCAGCCAAGAGGAAGUCUGGGACUGAGUACGUCUAGACCUUUGGUGUUAAAGUCUUGCUCCACCCUUAACAAGAAAUAGAAACAAGUUUUAUAGCUAUAUAAGUUGAGAACAAGAAAGAGAGAGGGACUUAUUUCCUAACAUAAUUUGAAUAAAUUGCGGUGUUUUACAAUUACCAUUUACAAUUAGCUGUAACUGCACACGUGUCACAUUACAAUCAAUAUUCCUUUUUUUAACUGUCAGCUGCUGACACGUCACUCGCCUUUCGCCCCACUUUGUCUGGUUCAAUUCAAAGCGUUCACCAUUCUCGUUAAUUAAUAAA